AUGGCCGGAAGAGGUCGUGGAAGAGGCGCUCCUGGCGGAUUAAAGGGAGUAACAUGGGAUUAUGAUCCAAAUAUGAAACUGGACUCAAAACCGACUGAUCUGUAUCCACCUCAUCCAAAUCUGAGAAGAGGAGCACCCUUCACUGCCACAGAAAGUCGGCAAAUACAAUACUAUCUGAAUCUGCAAGAACAAAUUCACAGGGGACCAUUAUAUACGCAGGCUAGUAGGCGAGAUAUACAUGCACCGGCGAAGGCAUUCAGUGAGGAUCAAGUAAACAGCCAGUACGCAAGCAACCGCAAGUCUGAUAUCGAUCCCUUCGUUGGAGUGGGAACCUACUCCAUGAGAUAUGCGCCCAAGACUAAUGAAUUACCCAAAUUGUCUGACCGGCCAUUCAAUAAGCAGAUGUUUCCCAAAGAACUAUGGCCCACUCUUGAGGGUGAAGAUAUGGCUGUCGGGCGCUCGCAAUACAAGCGACCUACAGCACCCAAGACCCUGAUCCUUAGCGAUCGGUCUGCAGUUAAUAGAGAUAAAGACAAGUCUCAAGUGGUGCUCGACAAAAUACACUCCCUCGGCGUUGAGAGUGAUGAUGGGGAGGAGGAUGGCGAAGAUGGUGAAGCAGAAGUCGACGAAGAGUUUGACGAUGACGAGAUUGGAGGGGAUUACGAUGCGGAGCAAUAUUUUGAUGGAGGUGAGGGUGAUAGUGACGGUGAUGGAGGUGGAGGUGCCGAUGAUGCAUAUUGA